CAAAGGUCAAAGUUCACAGGAAGCUGGGGGGCUGCCAUUUUUCCCCCUGCUAACAUGUUAAAUGCUAAAAAGGCGAGGAGUGGUGGUCGCUGCUGAGUGCUUCUGUUUACUGGGUGUUUGCCAUUCGUUUGCCUUUGUCUACCUCUUCCGUCGUAUGCGUUCGGCUCUGUUGUUGAAUAAAGGCGGCAUGGAGAGGACAGAACAGCCGUGGAAUUCCUCCUACACGUACCAGGUGAGCAAACACAGCGCCGAGAUGCUACACAACCUCAACAGCCAGAGAAAAGAUGGAGGCAGGUUUUGUGAUGUUAUCUUGCGCGUCGGAGAGGAGAGCUUCCCCGCGCACAAGGCAGUGUUGGCGGCGUGCAGCGAGUAUUUUGAGUCGGUGUUCAGCUGUCAAACGGAAGACGACGGCCAGGGCAAGGAGCUGGAGAUGCACACGAUCAGCCCCAAAGUUUUCCGAGACAUCCUGGACUUCGCGUACACCUCUAAGAUCGUGGUGCGCCUGGAGUGCUUCCCGGAGCUCAUGACCGCGGCGAAGUUUCUGCUCAUGCGAUCUGUCAUCGAGAUCUGUCAGGAGGUCAUCAAACAAUCCAACGUGCAGAUCCUCGUGCCUCCUUCCCGAGGAGGCGAGCACAGCCUGUUCAGGGCCGCGGAGCAGCUGUCAUACCCUCUGCCCGUGGACAUGUCAAACGGGAGUGUGUCCAACGGCCCUGUGUUUACCGACAACAAUGACAGUGACAGUGGCGAUCCGACGCAGCCGAGAAACAGUUCGCAGCCGGCCGCUCCCGGAGCACCAGCGGGCGAUCGCUUAGCGGUUUCCCCGUUGGAGUUUCCCAACAGCGACGGCUCCAAGCGAGGCAGAGGGAGACCCAAAAAAGAGCCCACAGCAGAGCCGAUCACUUACAAUAACAGCACUGCUCAAAACGAAAACGAGGGCAUUUUCUCGUGCGGGGUUUGUGGUAAGAUGUUUCCAGACGACGUCCAGUUGAGAAACCACGAGACGCAGCACGGGACGUUCACCGGCGGGGGGAGCACGGGAGCGGAGCUGGUCGCUGUGGACGGCCCGACGAUGAUCUCUCAUCCCCAGUCGAGGUUUCAGGAAAACGGUCUGCCCGCGGACAACCGUAAACGCGAGAGAACGAGACGACACGUCGCGUGUGAUCUGUGCGGGAAGGUCUUCCGAGACGUCUACCACCUCAACCGGCACAAACUGUCACAUUCGGGCGAGAAACCGUACGCGUGUCCGGUGUGCGGGCUGCGCUUCAAACGCAAGGAUAGGAUGUCUUACCAUGUGCGGUCUCACGACGGCUCGGUGGGUAAACCGUAUGUCUGUCAAAGCUGCGGGAAAGGUUUCUCCAGGCCAGACCAUCUGAAUGGACAUAUUAAACAGGUUCACACCACAGAGAGACCUCACAAGUGUCAGAUUUGCAACGCAUCCUUCGCAACACGAGAUCGCCUGAGGUCACACCUAGCAUGCCAUGAAGAUAAGAUACCAUGUCAAGUGUGUGGGAAAUUCCUCCGGGCUGCCUACAUGACCGACCACUUGAAAAAACACAGUGAAGGACCUCAUAACUACUGUGGAAUAUGCAACAAAGGUUUUUCUACUGCAUCCUACUUAAAGGUGCACAUAAAAACGCACCACAGCUCGUCCAUGCUCCCUUCCUCUGCAGCACAUCAGUUCCCUGAACCACGCACCAACAGACCACAGACACACAACGGCGCCCCCUACCACUCAGGAUGCCAGUGCGCAGUGGAAGACCUUUGCACCAGUCGCCGGCUCCUGGUUACCUUUCCCGAGACAGAGGGGUCUUUUCGGGGGCUAACUGGGCCAGUUCUACCCCAGCCCGUCCCUCCGGCCCUGGGCCUGCAGCCUGAGCUGCUUCUGGGCAAGCCAGGUCCAACUCCCUAUUUCUGGGAGUGCCGCUCUUCUGGAGCACCAGGGUUUCCUCUUCAUGGACCUCUUACAGAUGGGCAGGAGAAUGCUGGGAAAUGCCCCCAUCAGGAUUCUGAUGGAUCGGAUGCAGUUUUCGGUGACCUUUCCAACGGAACGGACCUCAAAGCUGAACAGAAAGUUGAAGGAGAAGAAAUGGAGGUGACAUCUUUCAUCUUCAAUGGCCAACCUGAGGAUGCAGGGACCUUGCCGGGGGGAUCCAAAAACAUCCAAAAAAUAGACCAAGAAAAGAAGUUUGCGUGCGGCGAUUGCGGCCAGACCUUCCGCACAAAGUCUUACCUCAACAAGCACCAUCACCGGGUUCAUAAGAAACGUGCUGCGGCCGGGUCCGGUCUCGGUGAUCUCGGCUCACCCUUUUCCCCCCAACAAAAUAUGUCACUUCUUGAAUCCUUUGGUUUUCAGAUCGUCCAGUCAGCCUUUGCCUCCUCACUAGUGGACUCCGAGAUGGGCAGCAGUGGAAUUGGUUUAGGGGAGAAAUGACCCCUUUGAGAUACAGACAUUUCUUAUAACCUUUUUGGAAAACCAAACGUUUUAUAACUGCGAGUUUAGUCUGUUGUCUCAUACUCUUUGACGCCAUAUGUAGACUUAUUUUAUUAUUAUUUUUUUUUGCUUUUCUUACUAUUGAAAUGUUUGUUAAUGUUUUGACUUUGCCAUCAUGGAUGCCAUCUUGGUGUGAAGCAGCUAAUCUGUUUAUUCCACUUUGGACAAAUCCUCAAUUUCAUUGGUCUAUCCU